AAAGCCUCGCCACGCUCUCAAGUGCAUGCUGGGAGUUGGAGUCCCCUUAAAGGCUGCCGGUGGCCGUGAGGUGAGCCGCGUUGCUGGGAGCCGCUAGCACGUGGCGGGAAGGGGCGGUGCGCAGUAGCUGUGUGCUCCCGACAGCCGCAGGAGCUUCCCGCCCUCGCGCCUCGCGUCGCGGCGCCUCCCGUCGCGGUGCCCUCCCGACAUGCCCGAGGAGGCGGGCUUCCCGCCGGCCAAGAAAUUCCGGCCGAGCGCCGGGCCUCCGAGCCGCGCCGGGUCUUGCCCUCCCGGGAGGCGUGCGGUGAUGCUGCUGGCAGCGGGCGGCGGCGGAGGAGGUGGAGGCCGGAGGCAGCAGCCGUCCCUGGCCCAGCCCUCGGCCAGCCCCUACCCCGAGGCCGUGGAGCAGCAGCGCCGGAAUCUGCCCAUCUUCCAGGCGCGAGGCCAGCUGUUGGCCCAGCUCCGAAACCUGGACAGCGCCGUCCUUAUCGGAGAAACAGGCUCAGGGAAGACAACACAGAUCCCUCAGUACCUAUACGAAGGGGGGAUUGGCCGCCAGGCCAUCAUUGCUGUGACCCAGCCUCGCCGAGUGGCUGCCAUCUCUCUGGCUACCAGAGUCUCUGAUGAGAAGAGAACAGAACUUGGGAAGCUGGUUGGCUACACGGUGCGCUUCGACGAUGUCACCUCAGACGACACCAAGAUCAAGUUCCUGACCGAUGGCAUGCUCUUGCGCGAGGCCAUUUUGGACUCCCUGCUCCGGAAGUACAGCUGCAUCAUUUUGGAUGAAGCCCACGAGCGGACUAUCCACACAGAUGUGCUCUUCGGGGUGGUGAAAGCUGCACAGAAGAGGCGAAAGGAGCUGGGGAAGCUGCCUCUCAAAGUGAUUGUGAUGUCAGCCACGAUGGACGUGGACCUGUUCUCCCAGUAUUUCAAUGGAGCCCCUGUUCUCUACCUGGAGGGCCGGCAGCACCCGAUCCAGAUUUUCUACACCAAGCAGCCCCAGCACGAUUACCUGCAUGCCGCCCUGGUCUCUGUAUUCCAGAUCCACCAGGAAGCCCCCUCCUCGCAUGACAUCCUGGUGUUCCUCACUGGGCAGGAGGAGAUCGAAGCCAUGAGUAAGACCUGUCGGGACAUUGCCAAGCACCUUCCAGACGGCUGCCCCUCCAUGCUGGUCCUUCCGCUCUAUGCCUCCCUGCCCUAUGCCCAGCAGCUGCGCGUCUUCCAGGGGGCCCCAAAGGGUUAUCGCAAAGUGAUCAUUUCAACCAACAUCGCUGAAACCUCCAUAACCAUUACAGGAAUAAAAUAUGUAGUUGACACGGGCAUGGUUAAAGCAAAGAAGUAUAACCCUGACAGUGGCCUGGAGGUGUUGGCUGUGCAGCGGGUAUCAAAGACCCAGGCCUGGCAGCGCACGGGCCGGGCCGGCAGAGAGGACAGCGGUAUCUGUUACCGGCUCUACACGGAGGAUGAGUUUGAGAAGUUUGAGAAGAUGACGGUGCCAGAGAUCCAAAGGUGUAACCUGGCGAGCGUGAUGCUGCAGCUCCUCGCCAUGAAAGUCCCAAACGUGCUCACCUUUGACUUCAUGUCCAAGCCGUCUCCAGAUCACAUCCAGGCAGCCAUCGCCCAGCUGGAGCUGCUCGGUGCCCUUGAACACAGGGAUGGCCAGCUCACCCUAACGCCAAUGGGAAGAAAGAUGGCGGCUUUCCCACUAGAACCCAAAUUUGCCAAAACCAUCCUCCUAUCCCCCAAAUUCCACUGCACGGAGGAGAUACUGACCAUUGUCGCCCUGCUGUCUGUGGACAGCAUUCUCUACAACCCUCUCUCCCGGCGCGAUGAAGUGCAGAGUGUGCGGAAGAAGUUUGUGUCCAGCGAGGGCGAUCACCUCACCCUGCUCAAUGUCUACCGGACCUUCAAGAACACCGGCGGGAACAAGGAAUGGUGCAAAGAGAACUUUGUCAACAGCAAGAAUAUGAUGCUAGUAGCUGAAGUCAGAGCACAGCUGAGGGACAUCUGCAUAAAGAUGUCCAUGCCAAUCCUGUCCUCCCGAGGGGACACAGAGAACAUCCGCCGAUGCCUGGCACACAGCCUCUUCAUGAGCACCGCUGAGCUGCAGCCGGACGGGUCCUAUGCCACCACGGACACCCACCAGCCGGUGGCCAUCCAUCCCUCAUCUGUGCUCUUCCACUGCAAGCCGGCCUGCGUCGUGUACACGGAGCUGCUCUUCACCAACAAGUGCUACAUGCGUGACCUGUGCGUUGUGGAUGCCGAGUGGCUGUACGAGGCCGCCCCCGACUUCUUCAGGAAGAAGCUGAGGACUGCCAGGAACUGAGCCGCCCUGGUGCCAGGAGCCGGGCUGCAGACGGCCUCGCUGCGACUUCUAAACGUUGGCACCUGCAGAGGCCACAGUGGUUAUGGCUGGGUCAUGCCUGGCCUCCAGGAGCUUGAGAGCCUCUUUGAAUAAACUCCUCAGACUGAACCGCAUAGACAUGUAGAGGCCUGGGAGACUUCAAAAUGAUGCUUUGGGUUCUUGGUGGGCAACUUUGGGUGACUUCCUUUACUUCUGAGCCUGUUUCCUGAUCUGCCAAGUGGGAGCGAUGAUACUUACAGGGUCGGAGUCAUGAGGCUCAGAGCAAGUGAAAAGAAAGUACCCAGAGCUGUGCGUGCCCGUGAUAAGCCGCAGUGGACUGGGCGCCACGGUGCUCGGUUGGUGUUACUGCUUAUGUAUAUACCGUGGAUCGGGUACAGCAAAACCCCCAAGUCCUCGAGACUGCGGGGGAUGGUCUGGAAGGGGGACCACAAGGGGUCACAGAGCUCUUGACCUUGGAUCUGUCUGAACAUCUACCUGCAUGAAAUUUUGUAACAGAAGAGAUUAACUUCUGUAGGUGCUGAGCACCUAACCUCCCUCCCCAGGGCAGGGAGGUUUCACAGCAAAGAAGUGCUAAGUGCCUGUCCCCACCCUGCCUCCGGGGACCUUCCUGAGUGAAGGUGUUUGUAUCCUCUGAAGUGGGAAAGCUGAGUGUGUUGUUGCCUUUCAGUCGCGUCCAGUCCUUUGCAGCCCCGUGGAUUGCAGCACGGCAGGCCUCCCUGUCCUUCACCAUCUCCCGGAGCUUGCUCCAAGUCACAGCCAUCAAGUCGGUGACGCCAUCCAACCAUCUCAUCCUCUGUCGUCCCCGUCUCCUCCCGCCUUCAGUCUUUCCCAGCAUCAGGGUCUUUUCCAAUGAGUCGGCUCUUCACAUCAGCUGGCCAAAGUAUUGGAGCUUCAGCCUCAGUUCUUCCAGUUAACAUUCAGGUUUGAUUUCAGGUUGUAGUGUGAUGGCCUCCAGCAUGGCCUUCUCUCUCUCUGUCUCUGGGCCAUAAAGCCAUGAGCUAAGGAGUGACUGAGCUGAAUUUAAGGCAUUUCCCUUCUGGCCAGGCCUCUGGGGGUAAGUGGAGGUGAAGCCGGGCAGCCUUGACUCAUCUCAUCCCCUCAUCUAGUGUUUAUGUUCUUUUAUCUUAUUUCCUACGAUCUUUUUUCCUUCUUAGGGACCAGGGGAUGCUGGCACCUCUUUCACACUCAUUUUCCACAUUUGUCUGAGGGGAUUAAAGGGUCUCCACAGACUUCCUGUUCUCAUAUUUUGAGAAGGGAAAAGACCAAAAGUCCUUCUUAACUAUUUAAUUUGAAAAUCGUCAUUGUUUAAUAGCUAAGUCGUGUCUGACUCUUUGCAGCUCCAUGUGCUGUGGCCCUCCAGGCUCCUCUGUCCAUAGGAUUUCCCAGGCAAGAAUACUGGAGUGGGUUGCCAUUUCCUCCUCCAGGGGAUCUUCCCAACCCAGGAAUCAAACCUGAGACUUUCCCCAGAGAAUGCUUUGGCCUGGAAAAUGCCAAAAUUAGCCCUUUUAUUGUGCUUAAUUGGUCUCAGCACAUAUGUAGUAUUCUGGUCAUUACAUACAGUGAAUCAUACAGCUUUUAAGCAGAGGCCUAAAUGGCCUGAGAGAUCCUACAGAGAUAAUGGAUGGUGUCUUCAUUUUGGUUCAGUGAGACCCUGGCGGAUAGGAACACCCCCUCCCAGGCCUCAUGUGUCCACAGUGGUGUGUGUCAGGUUUGCCUCAGCACCAGCUAUGGGUCUGAGCAGUCAGACUUUAGCCAGUAUUCCCAGAUAUCUGGGCACAUAUGAAUUCUUCCUGUUAAAAAUAGUUACGUUAAGGCCAAAGAAGAUUCGACAGAUCCUAAAUACCCUGUCUUACUAAAUUCUUAGAUUUUUCUUGUUCUUACCAGUGCUGACUUUCCGAAAAGUUUUUCAGGAAAAAAUUUAACUGUAUUUUUCUCACUUAUUUAAGAGUCCUAGGAGGUGUAGCCUGACUUGGUAAAAGAAAUUACUGUAUUUUUAAUGAAACAUUCAUCACACUGGUAAAAAAUAUUGGGAGUGGGGUGAUGUAUUAUGUUUCUUGUAAUGUUGCAAAUUAUGGGGGCUCAGACAGUAAAGAAUCUUCCUGCCAUGUCGGAGACCUGGGUUCGACCCUUGGGUUGAGAAGAUCCCCUGGAGGAAGGCAUGGCAACCUACUCCAGUAUUCUGGCCUAGAGAAUCCCCAUGGACAGAGGAGCCUGGCAGGUUACAAUCCAUGGGAUCAUAAAGCAUCAAGCACAACUAAUUAACUAAGCACAGCAUUCUCUAGAGCAAGUAAAAUUUAGCUUUUACUCAUUUUUGUGGGCCUCAGAGUUGCUGAACUAUUUCAGGAAAUGUAUUUUUUCUGAGCAGGAGUAAGGGGUAAAUAGCUUCUAAAUAAAUGUAAAUAGCUUCUGUGUUUCUGUACAAAGAUAUAUUUAUCACUGUAACAUUCUGGUAGAGUUUUGAUACAGUAGUUUUUAUCAGGCUUUUUAAAAAGUUAACUUUUCAGGUAGCUGCUCAGGGAUUAAAUGAUUUGGAAAAGCCUAUCCCUGCUCCAUGUUACUACAAAGAGAUACAUGGCUCUUUAUACCUAGCUGCAGGGCACAGAUAAGUACACUGUAAACUUUCUAAGAAAGUUGAAUGUUUCACAGUGAUGUUGCAAUCUCAUCUUGAGCUGCUCUUUUCAAUCCCUAAAAUCUCUGAUGGUGUGCCCCCUUUUUAUUUUCCCAACUUGUGAAUUCCGUAUCUGGGUGAAUCACUAGUUCCCUUGAGCAGCUUUGUGCAUUAAUAGAUGCACUAAGCAGAUUGCAUGUCUCCGAUGUUUGUCUUCUGCUUCUAAUAAUCAUGGAGGGCAGCACAGAUCCCAGUUACUAGGGGAAGAACUGCCCAACGCCCAGUUCUUGGUAGAAACCUUUCCUUAAUGUUGCAUCUCUGCUAGGAAUAAAGAGAUGCCAGAAAGGAGACAAGUUUGUGCUCUGUGGAAAGAACUGAUUUUAUACUGUGAUGCGUAAAUCCAUUUAAUUCAGCUCUCAAGGAAACCUGUGGCCAGGCAUUUAAGACACCAUUCCUUGUGACUAUAAAGAAACACUGCACCUGUGGGGAAGCAAGAGUUUUAUUAUGUUUUAUUUGAUCAGAAUAUUAUAACUUUCAGGAAAAAGCUCAGUUCAGAUUUAUGUUGUGUUUUGAGACUCUUUUCUUACACAGGCAUGGGUCUGUAGAAGCAUCAACAUUCGCACAUGACUCAAACCCAUUAAAAGUGAAUCUAGUACA